ACAUCGUUGACUCUCUAUAAAUAAAAUCGCUAGCUUUCUGGUCGUAAUCGCUUCUAUUUGGGGGAGAAGGAAAAAGUGAUUCACAUCGAGGUCUGCUCCCGGUCACAGGUCAUUUGGUAAUACUGAACCCAUCCUCGAUCCAGUCCAAAACGCCUCCAUCAUCGGGGGUCGUCUUCAAUAGGACGUUUCUGCCGUAAGGAUGUAGCGGAUAUCGCAACGUGAACUUCAUUUGGAUUCGACUAGAUUUCAAGAUGAGCGAGUCCUUGAUUUAUCCCGAGGCUCGUCGAGCUCCACUCUCAUUGUAUGUUCUGGGCCAGAUUGCUUUUCUGAAGGUGGUCCAUCACAAAGCCGCGUUUUUGGAGACGGAAUACAUCAGCCUGUGGAAGAAGAACCAGCUAUCGUAUCCGAAUCGCACUUUAGCCGAGACCUUGGAUAUCCGGAAUGAGGCGGUGGAUACCCGAGCGGUGGUGGAGCGUUAUCAGCUCAAGAUGCGCGAGAUCAAGCUCAAACAUACCGAGAUGGUGCGCAAGAAGUUGGAGCGACAUCAAAGUGGACCACGAUUGAUGGCUAGUAAAACGCCGGGAAGUCCCAAUUUGGGAUCGGUGGGGGUUGCCAGUCGGACGCGUUCCAAGGUCUCUUCGUCCACUUUGGCGACGGGACCGUCAUUCAAGGCCAAAGCGGAGAAGAAGCCCAAAGUGAGCAAGGUCAAUGUGGAAAAGUACCUGACCCUGAUGGCCAAGCCUUUGGUGAAUGGCAUCCCGGGAUCCGCGGAGCCGGCGGAAUACAUUGAAUAUCGGAAAUGCAAGUAUAUCGAGGAUCUUCGGGUGGUUCGGGACUACCUGGUGGAGCGGCUCUCGGCUACCCAACUCCAGGAUCUUAUGGACACUAUGUAUAACAUUUCGCUUUACAACCAUACGUCAGAGAAUGGACUCUUGAGUCUCCAGUCAAUGCUGACCACUCACCACACGCGUCAAUUUGCUAUUGCCCCGCCCAAGUUUCACGAGAAUUUCGCGAUCCAACCCAUCACUUCCAUCUAUAGUAAUAUACGAACCCACCCUGUCAAGGCUGAAUUCAUGGAGACCCGGAUUGGCACCACUAUCCUUCAUUUCGCACUCGUCCAAGGGCAAAAUCUGACGCACUUGGACCUGAAACGAUGCGCCUGCGAUAGCAUCUUGCGAGUGGUCGCCCACAACGCCACUCAUUUGCGGCAUCUGGUGAUUUCCCGAUCUAUGGUGUCCGAUCAAGGAUUGUUGUACCUGGCUGGAGUCGAAUCCGUGACCGCACGUCCCAAAUUGAGACGGGAAUGCAAGCAGAGGGCCAAUGAGAGCUCCAAACUCGUGCGGGAUGUGGCGCCCAAGUUUUGGGCCCAGGGCAAGAAUUGCUGUCGCAAAUUGGUCCAUUUGGAAGCUGAGGAUCUCUUGGAUGUGUCAUGGCCUGGACAAGCCGUCAUGAAGUACUUCGACUAUCCGAGUGUCCCGUUGGACAGUGGUUUUGUGGCUGUUCUCAUGUACUUGCCGCACUUGAAGGUGUUUCUUUGCGAAGUGGGGGCCAGAGCGGUUCAGUCGUACUCGCGGAACUAUGCCAAAUGGCACAGGAGGGCGCCCAAACUUCGAUUGGAGGCCAUCAGUGAUAGUCACCUGACCCCGCCAGUAUUUGAUGUCCUUCAAGAUCUCUGUCCGAACCUGAGCCAUCUGAAAGUGGAAUGGUUUGAAUCCUACACAACCCAAAUCCACAAUCGCGAGGAUUGGCUGGCGGGAUUGGUGAAUGUUCCCAAUCUGGUCGAGCUCCGAAUUGGAGAUGUCGAUUUCAAGACCGAGAAGCUCAAGACGUUUCUUCCUAACUUUGGCCCUAACCUCACUCAUUUGGAACUGAAGGAGAUCUGGAAGUUCAAGUUCUCCAACCUUCGGGCUAUCAAGCAAUGGUGCCCAAAUUUGAAGUUAUUCUCUCUAGUCAUGACCACAAAGAACGUAUUGGCUACCGUGUCACGAGUCCAAGUGGAUAAGGAUCACAAUAUUCAGCUCAACUCCAAUGAGAAGCACUUCCUCUCCAACUUGGAGCACUUUCAUUUGAGUGGUCCAUUUGGUUAUGAAGUGGUCCAAUAUAUACUGAUGCAAGCUGAGAAGAUCAAAAGCCUGAGUCUAGGCAUUGAAUGGCUCGAUCCUGCAUUCUGUGACAACCAGCCCUUGACCCGGAAAGAUCUUAUAGGUCGAGAGUACUUAGAGGAGAUUCUGAGCGUGAACCCGUUGCCCAAUUUGGAACAACUCCAUUUGAUGGCUCAAUAUCGCCGAGGUCGGAAACGCCUUAACAGAUUCUGUUUCGACUUCGUUGUGAGCAAGUUUCCAAAGCUGAAACAUUUGGGCAGUUUUUCACACUGGAACCUUAGCCCCGUCGAGAUCCGUGAGAUCAUGGAUCAACUGAGAUUCUCAAAUGUGGGUCUAAUUCUCGAGGAAGACUUGCAUUCUACCGCCAACGAGCCCAAGUUCGAGUAUAAGUAUGUGUCAGAGCGAAGUUCACUCUCAUGUGGUCACGUACCACCUAAAAGAGAUGCCCCCGGGAUGUUGGCAAGCUUCUUGAACCUCAUGGGCCCUCCAAAUCUACUGGAUGAUGACAUCUCGAGUAGCGAUGAGAGUAGCAUGGAUUCGGAUCUUGACGACGACAACCUGAUGGAAGAGGUGGGUGUGCCAGAUGAUCUGGAAGAUGAGUUGGAUGACAAUGAUUUGGGGGCCGAACUCAUGAUCAACGAUCCACAAGUGUGUCUCUUAAUGUAAGUCGACCAUGAUCGCGCUACUUCCCAAGAAACAAAGAAGGCAAAGAACGAAAACAGUGACUGCUCUACCAAUGAUUAUUGUGCAAGAAAAUAAAUCCUUGUUAAGCGAA